AUUCAAUUAACGACAGAUGACCUCAAGUAAACAAGAAUAAACGAAAUAAUUAUUCUAAAAAUUGUUGAUGAUAACGAUAUUAUUUAGUGGCCUUUUAACGUGCUCAAAACCAGUUUCAAAACUGCCUCAAAUCCACAGAGCUAAGACGUAUUCGUAUUUUUGUAAAAUUUAUUAUUAAUGUGGAAUUUUUAAAACUUUUAACAUGUCGCUGCUUCCAGUUUGGUUCAAAGGAUUAACACCUGAAUUGAUUAAAAAAGCUGAAGAAGAAUUGAAUGAGAAACCAAACAUAAAAGCAAAAGUUCUGGUUGAAUUUCGUAGGCUCAUUAAUGACGAGCAAGACUUGUACAGCAGAUUGGAUGAAAACUUUCUUCUGCGUUUUUUACGUGCAAAGAAAUUCAAUGCCAAAAAAGCAAUAAAAGUGUUGAGGAAUUAUUACAACUUCAAAGCUCGACAUGCAGGAGUGUUCACGAAUCUCAAACCAUCUCAAGUAAGAUCUAUAAUGGAAAUGAAUAUGAUAUACUAUUCACCGUACAGAGUUCCUGAUGGUUCGCACAUUGCAAUAUGCAGACUAGGCUCCUAUAACCCACGACUCGCCAAAGCCGAAGAAUUAGUCGCCACCGUUUUCAUCUGCGCAGAAAUGAUACUAGAAUGUGAGGCGUCACAAAUCAGUGGAGGAAUUGUGGUAUUUGAUUUCCUUGGAGCUGGUAUCCAACAAUACACAAAGUUUGUCACUUAUUCCUUCGCCAAAUUCAUUACUAAUGCUUUACAGGAUUGCUGGCCAGAGAGAUUGAAAGGUAUCCAUUUAGUUAACGAACCAUAUGCUUUGCAAGCUGUUUUCUCAAUGGUUAAACUCAUAGGCAAAAGAAAACUAAUGGAAAGAAUCCAUUUGCAUGGAAGUAAUUUAAAUAGUCUGCACGAGCACAUUCCAACGAGUUUUCUUCCACAUGAGUUGGGAGGCACUUUAGGUCCCAUGGACAGCAAAGAAUUCAAAGAUUACUUCUACAGCCAAGAAGAAUUCAUCGAAAGAAUAAACAAAUACGGAAUUUUAGAGAAAAAGAAAUAGCAUUGAAGAAAGGAAUUUUACAAUUGUUUCUUUAUGAACCUUAGUUAUCAUCUUACUAUACUAUUGUGAUAUUACUUAUUCAAAAUUUGAAUAUCUUCCCAUAAAAUGUAUCAAUAAUGCCAUAAUAAAGAAAGGAAAAACUU